GAGGGCGCCCUAGGUUGGCUCAGGAGUAGGGAAUGGGUUUUUUUUCCUUAGCUGUCCAAGCUGCAACUGGCUUACAUGGUUUCACGGUUAAAGCAUCAUCCCAGGGAAGGUAUCGUAGGAGAAAAAAAACUAACUUGAGGUUCCUGAGGUGGAAAAAAUUGUGCCUCGGCCUUUGGGUCCGGAGAGUCGUGCCUCUUCCAUCCUUUACUUAAAUAACUAAACCAGAAUUGUUAUGUCUGGUUUAUGGAAAAAAGAAAAUUAAUCCCGUUUGUAGAGUUGAGACUUGUUUGAGGUCGCAGAGUCCUGGGGGAAAUGCCUGUCUCUGGCUUAAGAGGUAGGCAGGUGGGGUGAAAACGGAACCGCGCCGAGUGGCACACUUCCCGGUUUCCCGCAGUUUUCUGUUCCGCGUCCUUGCUGUGAGGAAAGAACCUGGAUGCUGAAGCCCGUGAAAUUUUGGUUCCAGACCCUAGAAUGCUGUGGCAGAGAGCUAGGGAGUGAGUCAUCAAAAGCCCAGGGAAGAGCCUAAGAGGGUUUUAGCUUAGUGCCUAUAACGUGAGGGCACGUCGGUAGGCACUUCAGGGUUAGUUAUGUAAAUUAUAUUGAUACAUGGCAAAUGAAAGCGAUGGGUUGGUACCCUUGGAGACCUCCAGGCUUGAUUUAACUGAUCUGAAAGGCUGUGUGGACAGAGUAAAUGAGGGCUCGAGGGACUGGGAGUUGUUCCUGCAGCCAACUGGUAAUUAAAGAACGGAAGUUUGGAUAGAGUAUAGAAUGGCAGCCGGAAAGUUUUCAUCAUCUUCCUCGGAACUAGAAGCUCUGGAGACCGAGGACUUACGGAUUAGAAAACCAAAAAUGAAGAGACCUCUUUGUCACGGAGUCCAGAUGUCUAAGAAGACAUAUGUAAUACGCUGAUGCUUCCUACCUGAGAGUAUGAUUUGAGUCUGGAUGAAAUGAGAGCUUUGACAUUUCAGAGAGUGAUGGUUACCAUGGGUCUGCCUCUGAUAAAACGUACAAUUCAGGAUCAGGCAGAGAAAACAACGAAUUUUGUCAGUCGGAGCCUGGUCAUAGGAGAAGUCCUCUUAGCAGACAUGGCCCCAGGAGUAAAGUGUGGAAUAAUUUGCUGGCUAUUUGGUGGUACCAUCAGGAAGCUCGGAAGCCCAGCACGUGUAGCUAAGUGGCUUCAGCCACUCCAGGAGCAGAAAUACACGGGGAUGUUUGCAGUGACCGAGAGGGGCCACAGGAGCAACGUGAGAGGGAUCCGGACAGAAGCCACCUUUGACCUCUCUGCACAGGAGUUUGUAAUCGACACACCGUGCGAAAAUGCUGAGAAGAUGUACAUUGGAAACGCCAUGUACAGGAAUUAUGCAGCAGUCUUGGCCCAGCUCAUCAUAAAUGGAAGAUCUCAAGGGCCCCACUGUUUCAUCGUUCCUGUCCGCGAUGAAAAUGGAAGCAUGUACCCAGGAGUGACAGCUAUUGGUAUGAUGUAUAAAGAAGGUCUGCAUGGUGUUGAUACCGGGAUUCUGAGAUUUGACAAGGUUCGGAUACCAAGGGAGAAGCUGCUGGGUAAGUUUGGUUCUGUGGCUCCAGGUGGGCAGUACCACUCCCCCAUUAAGGACAAGAGUGCAAGAUUCAAUGCCACGUUGGCGGUGCUGACCCCUUCGAGACUGGCUGAUUUCCAAGCUACAGGCUCUAUGAAGCUUGGGUUGACGAUAGCCAUUCGCUAUAGCCACAGCCAGAGGCAGUUUGGGCCCAAAGCCAAGGAAGAGGUCAAGAUUAUUGAGCACCAAACACAGACCCUGCGGCUGAUGCCUCACCUGGCUACGGCCUUGGCCCUGUCCUUCGCCAACAGGUAUGCCGGCAUCCUUCUGGACGAGGAUGUCUUCCGAGGUUAGGAGCUUGUCGGCAGUCGCCCGCUGCACGUGCUGGUGGCAGGGCUGAAGGCCUACAGUACCUGGGAGAACAUCGGCUACCUGCAGGACGGCCGAGAGUGCACCGGAGGCCUGGUUGUGGUUCAGGAACUGCUGGCUCAGUACACCAAGCAGUAUGAAGAAAGACCCAUCUCUAGCCUGCUCCAAAACUGGACGGAAUCAGGGGGUGACAAGCUGAGAACCAGUUUCCUGGCGUUUAACAUGGACACAGUCGGUAAUCUCGCCUUUCUGUUGAAAGCAGUCAGUUUUCAUGGAAGGGUUCUUCAGCGGGGUUUGGUGGCCUGGAUUUAUUAUAAGGUGACGACCGAGAACGAAGACUUUUCCAGUGCCGGGAACUCAUGUCUUCACCACGUCACCUGCCUGGCACACAUUCACAGAGUGACUUUAGAGCAGUUCUCCCUGCCCGGGAGGAGCUGUCCUGAAGAGGACCAGGCUUUGUUAAAAAAGUUUUGUCUGCUAUAUGGAACCAAACUGAUGUUCCAGGAGCAAGCCUGGUAUCUAGAACAUAAAUAUUUGACUCCCUUGGCCAGCAUGAAGAUUAGGCGUCAGUUGCUCUAUUUGUGCAACUCACGGAAGGAUGAUGCCCUGAGGGUGAUCUCCGCCUUUAAUAUCCACGCACCAAUCGCUGGAAUCGCCAACCCGAUGGCCUCCUGGGCCUUCUACCCAGCACCGCAGCAUCCCCUGGCCCGGGAAGGAGCGCGGUCUCCGCGGCCCAAGCUGGGAGCCAACUUAUAG